UCUCGACGUUUGGUGGCGCUGGCCUUGAAGAAAGGGAAGGAAAAGUAAGGAGUACAAAUAUCCGGAGAUGUUUCUCGCACAAGAAAACCACAACAAAUAAAGGGCUUGAUGGUGUCCCUAAUAUGAUGGGAUAUAGUUGAAGAUUAAUCUAAAAAAUUGUGACCGCCAGACCCCAGAGUCAGUGGGCAGGGCGUCUUUGCGUUGGCUUUUGGGAAAUGUAGUUGUAAUGCUACCGACGCCGGCUGUUUGCGACAGAAACUACAACCCCCAGAUGCCACCGCAACACUUCAGGUCGCUGUCGGCGAACCAACGGUUCAGGAGGCCAGGGUUAACUGGGAACGUCCAUCUGACAAUGGAUUCUGAAUUAUCACACAGUGUAAUUGGGAGCUAUCAUAACCCUCCAGAAAGAAUGUGUCCCCCAUUGUUCAUCAAGAAUGAAACACCUCAGAUUGGCCACCCUGUGAAUUCAGAAGUCAUUCCUCCUAAAAUGAUUAAUAGUCCAAACAACCAAGCACUUGUUUCAGCAUUAAAAACUCUCCAGGAAAAGAUCCAUCGAAUCGAGCUGGAGCGGACUCAGGCUGAGGACAACCUGAACUCUCUGUCCAGAGAGGCGGCGCAGUAUAAAAAGGCCUUGGAGACCGAGUCAAAUGAGCGGAACCUGGCCCACCAGGAACUGAUUAAACAGAAAAAAGAUAUAAGCAUCCAGUUAAGCUCAGCCCAGUCUCGUUGUAUUCUUCUCGAGAAGCAACUCGAAUACACAAAGAGAAUGGUUCUCAAUGUAGAGCGAGAAAAGGCUAUGAUCCUAGAACAACAGGCCCAGCUUCAAAGGGAAAAAGAACAAGAUCAGAUGAAGCUGUACGCUAAACUUGAAAAGCUCACUGUCUUAGAGAAAGAGUGUUUUAGAUUGACAGCCACUCAGCAGGCUGCUGAGGAAAAGAUAAACUAUCUAGAGGAAAAACUAAAGGAAGAGGAGCAUCAGCGCAAGCUGUUUCAAGAUAGAGCGUGUGAGCUUCAAACUGGACUGGAAAUCAGCAGACUUUUAAUGCCUACAGUUUCACAAUCACAGCACUGUAAGGGAAAGAAGAAGCCACCAAAGAAAACGAAGUGUUUGAAGAGGGAACCCCCUCAGCAAAUGGACCCGAAGUGUAGAGCUCAGUCUCUGGAGAGGGUGAAGAUGAUAGGUGCCUAUGGGCUCCGUAGCCUUCAGAGACCUGCUCCCGUCACUGAGCUGCAGUGUCGCUACAAGCCUCUCAGAACAACUUCCCAGGCCAAAGCUGUGCCCCCUAGUCCAGGAGAGCCUGUUCCCGUCUGUGACAGUUUGUCUGAUCUUCUGAUGGCCAUGCAAGAGGAGCUGGAGCAAAUGACUGUGGAGCACAGAGAACUAAUGAGACAAACUAGAAGCCAGUCAGUCUCUGAUGACAUCGAGCACGAGCUGGAGCAAUUAGUCAAGAAGAUGGAGAGCAAAGAAGAUCAGAUUUCCAAACUCAAGAAGCAUCAAGACAGUGUCCGUAAACUGCAGCAAAAAGUUCAGAACUCAAGGAAAAAUGAACCCUCGGGUAUCCAUCGGGAAGACGGCAACUCUAAAGGACUAAAGAAUGUGAAAAAUAGCCCUAGGAAAUGUUGGGAUGAAACCAACCCUUUCCAGAAACACAGCACCUGCCAUCCAGCCCACGUCCACAAUGUGCAGGUGAAGCUGCGGAAGGAUGACAUCAGGUGGGUGCAGUGAGCGCAGCGAGGCGGCCGCCCAGUGAACCUCUCCAGUGAGAGCUUGCCUGUCUACGUGGUUUUCAUUUAAUAUACUUUGGGGAACUUUUCAAUUAUGUUUCUGGCUUCUAUAAAAUGUGAAGUUGUAUAUUUUCAGAAUAAUGGCUAGUGACCUACCAAGAAUCCCAGAAUAAUAAAUGGCUAAUUUUUGUUGUUGCUAUUAACCAGAGGCCCCGCCCUCCUCACCCUGCAGAGGCUGUCAUCUCGCAGCUCCCUUGAGGUAAACCUAACAAGGGACCGAAUGGAGUCUCACUUAAGUCGAGCCGCACCUGAGCUCCUAGGGCCAGUCCACAAUUCCCCUUAGUAGGCUGUCACCUGCAGAGCAACACGGAGUGGACAGACUCUUUUAACUUCCCUGCCAUUGUCACCUUACCUUGUUUUAGAUCUCAGCAGUGUUCCUGUUUGUUUGGUUUGGAAAGGGGAAAGCACAAUAAUUCUGCAGUUUUUGAAAAUACCUUUAGCUCAGCUUUCCUGUGACAGCUGCGGAAGGGGUUGCGUAAUUAAUUAAUUUUCAACGACGUUGAUUCAGCUUUCUUCCUCUGCUGUCCCAUGCUCUUUCCCCCCUGCUGCUUCUGCACACCAGUAACUGAUCUCCUUUCACUCUUUCAUAACUGUUUCUGGUUUCUCGUUUGCUUUGUAUGUGCUUCUCAUCAGCACAUGCCAGUGCGGGUGUCUGGGACCCAAGAGGAUGAUGGGAUUUUCUAAGAACUUAGGCAUUUCAUUUUCUUUAUGCACAAGAGAAAGUGAAUUGGGCGAAUGUGGUGUCCCUUUUUAUACUUUAGAAUCAGUGCUGUCACAAUGGAUUUCUUUGUUGUAUACAUGUUUUAUAAUAAAUUUACACUUUGUCUUCCUAGAAGCCU